CUCCUUCUACUCACCUCUGUUCUUAUCCUCUACGUCAAACAAAGACAGCGAGCACGGAUGCAAGUGACAGAGUUAUCGCAAAAGCUGAAGGAGUUGAAGAACAUGGAGAAUGAGUUUGAUUCCGUGCAGAAGAAGUGGAAUGAAGAAAGGAACAAGAGGUCUACUGCUGAUGGUGAGGUCAGCCAGACGGAAGUUGACAGCUUACGAGUGCAGCUGGAAGAAGCAGAGCGUAGGCUGGAGGAGAAUGGAACAGGAGGGGUUCCUCUUGCACUGCAACCACUAUUAAGGAAGACUUGUGAAGUGGAGAUGGCCUUUCUGGAGAAACAAAAGCAAGAGUAUUAUGUUGUUCGUGGUUGA